GUCAUACUACUCAAACCACUCAACCAACAAUGGCGAAUAAUGGAAUUUUUUGAACGCGAGUGCGAAGAAAAUGUUAACAUAAACUCAGCCAGAGCUGUAAAAGUGUCCCCAGAUUGAAAAGCAAUAAAAGAGGCAAUAUCAUGCCACAAACAACAAACCAAGAGUGACUGCCAGUGCAAUAGAAAACGGAACGGAAAUCGCAAAUAUUUGUUCACGGGGCCCCUCUCUCUCACGCUCUUUCUUUCCCCACCCACCCCCGACCGGCUGCCGGAGCGCACAGUGUUUUGCAAAAUGAGAUUCUGCGUUGUGGCUUAUUGUUGCGUGUUUUUCUUGCUGGCUAGCGGGCAUAUUGCAUCAGCUACUGCGAAAACACAACAAACCGACUCGGCAGAAGUCGUGAGCAGCGGCGAGGAUGACAAGACGGACUGCACGGACCUCGCCCGCGACGAAGAGGCCCUCAUGGUGUUCUCCACUUUGGGCGGCGGACUGACGGCCAUCGAUCCGGUGACCAGUGAAAUACGCUGGACAAUAGCAGAUGAUCCCCCCAUAGUGGCAGAACCUCAGGAGAAUCUGCAGGUUCCCCACUUUCUACCCGAUCCCCGUGAUGGCAGCAUUUACCAGCUGGGUCAGAUGGGUAGCCUCAAGAAGCUGCCGUACACCAUUCCCCAGCUGGUGGCCAAUGCCCCCUGUCGCUCAUCCGAUGGCAUCCUGUACUCGGGCAAGAAGAGCGACACCUGGUACAUGGUGGAUCCCAAGACUGGCAGGCGGGAAAAGGUGAUGGGCUUCGGUGACGCCAGCAUGGAUGGAAAGGAGGGCGAACAGAUUGGCUGGGCCACAUCAAGAGCCAUCUAUCUGGGCCGAACCCAAUACACAGUGAUGAUGUUUGAUAGUCUGGCCAAGGACAAGAAUGCCAAGCCCUGGAACAUCACAUUCUACGACUAUAAUGCCCUGAGUGCUCCGCCAGAACUGGCCAAGGAAUAUGAAUACAUCCAUUUGACCACCACCAGCAGCGGGCAUAUAGUAACCCUAGAUCGCAAGCAGGGCAAAUUUCUUUGGCAGCGGGAUCUCAGCAGUCCUGUGGUAGCCGCCUUUCUCCUGGGACCAGAUGGUCUGCUUAGUGUGCCCUUCACCACGGUCUCCGAUGAGGCGUACCAGGCCAUUCUCGAGGAGUCCAAAACGGGCAAUGUGAAUACCGUCAAGCUAUUCCAAUCUCUUUAUGUGGGCGAGCACCAAAAGGGCUUGUAUGCUCUGCCCUCGCUGGUGGACAAGAAUACUCCACGGAUAUCCACGACGCCACCCAUAAAACUUCUCGACGGACCCGCCGCCGGAGAGCAGGCGUCCAAUAGCCAGGAAACAGAUCCGCGAACCGUUUAUAUCAACGAUGUCCUGCAGGAGCACCAAGGCAUCGUGCUGGGACACUAUAAUAUGCCCAAUGAGGGCAACAGCGGCAAUCUGCAGCUGUCGCCGACACCGUCCAGCAAGGAUAUCCACAGCCUGGCCACCAUACACAACUAUAACGAUGGCUACGGCCUGCUGGCAAACAACGAGAAGAACGCGGCCGAUAUUGGCGUCCAAACUGACCCGGAACUGGUGGAGAUCGGGAUUGAUCAGCGGACGAAUGGGAACACCAUAAACAGGACCAAGACGAUCAUCCUGCAGAACAGCAACAAGGUUCAGGCCUUCAUCAACGAGUGGUUCAUGGAGCACCCGAGCGGAAAGGUCCACCAGAUCCUAAUGGUAAUCGUUCUGGGCAUGAUCGCCCUGUUCUGGUACACCUGCAGCACCAUGAGGGAGCUGCAGAAGCAGAGCGAGAACGGCUCGAAAACCUUUGCCAUUGCCCAGAACGGUUCCAACGGCAGCACCAACGCCAGCAACGGAAGCAACGCGAGUGCCCAGGAUCUAGUUGACUUGGGCGGCGGUCAGGUGCGCGUGGGCAAGAUCAGCUUCAACUCGAACGAGGUCUUGGGCAAGGGCUGCGAGGGCACCUUCGUCUUCAAGGGCACCUUCGAGGAGCGAUUCGUGGCCGUUAAGCGGCUGCUGCCCGAGUGCUUCACCUUCGCCGACCGGGAGGUGGCCCUGCUCAGGGAGUCUGAUGCCCACGAGAAUGUGGUGCGUUACUUCUGCACCGAGCAGGAUCGCCAGUUCCGCUACAUAGCCGUGGAACUGUGCGCUGCCACUCUGCAGGAUUAUACCGAGGGGGAGCGAUCGCUGGAGCUGCAGAAUCACAUUGACGUGUGGCAGGUCCUGAGCCAGGCGUCCGCUGGGCUGAGUCACCUCCACUCCCUGGACAUUGUUCAUCGGGACAUCAAGCCCCAGAACGUUCUGAUCUCGCUGCCAGAUGCCAAGGGCAAGGUGCGAGUGAUGAUAUCAGACUUUGGUCUGUGCAAGAAGCUUAAUUUCGGCAAGACGAGCUUCUCCCGGCGAUCGGGGGUAACGGGAACCGACGGCUGGAUUGCUCCGGAAAUGAUGCGCGCUCAACGAACGACAACGGCUGUGGAUAUCUUUUCCCUGGGCUGCGUCUACUACUACGUACUGAGCGGGGGUCAACAUGCGUUCGGGGACAAUCUAAAGCGCCAGGCCAACAUACUCUCGCACGAGUACAAUCUGUCCAAGCUGCGUGGCGAAGAUGACACCGAGAACAGUCGAAUUGUUUUGGCUGAGCAGCUGAUUUCGGAUAUGAUACACAAGGACCCGAUGUCGCGGCCUCCCGCCCGCUGCAUUGGCAACCACCCCCUGUUCUGGGAUGAGCCCAAAAUGCUAUCGUUUCUGCAGGAUGUCAGCGAUCGCGUUGAGAAGCUGCAGUUCCAUGCCGAGCCGCUCAAGUCGCUGGAAAAGAACGGACGCAUCGUUGUGCUGGACGACUGGAACGCCCAUCUAGACCCCAUGAUCACGGAUGACUUGCGGAAGUAUCGCGGCUACAUGGGGGCCAGUGUUCGGGACCUGCUCCGGGCUCUGCGCAACAAGAAGCACCACUACCACGAGCUGACCAUGGCCGCACAAGAGAUGCUGGGCUGCAUACCGCACGAGUUCACGAACUACUGGGUGGACCGCUUCCCUCAGCUCAUCUCGCACGCCUACCACGCGUUCAGUAUUUGCUCAAACGAGCCCAUCUUCAAGCCGUACUACAACGCCGGCUACCACUUCUCGCGUCCGUGGUACUUCGACGCAGACGACGCGUUGUUCCCCAUGCUGAUGCGGGAUCCGAAGCCGCUGCCCAAGAUAGGCAGUCCCAAGAAGACGCCGCCAGCCGCUGGCAGCCAGGCUCAGCAGCUGAAGCAAAGGAAGGGUAUCUACAAUUUCCGUAGGCCCACCGACGAGCUGCCCAUCCCGGGUGUGGGGCUGCAAAGGAAUCUAGAGCUGGACGGACAAUCAGUUGAAGCGGAGGGCAAGCGGGAUGUGUUUGCAAACUUCAAGUUCCGGCGCUAUGCCAAGCCGGGAAGCAAUCGCAACUACGGCAAGGAGACGGCGCAGGACAAGGAGAAGUACGUGAGCUGGACGCUGCCGCCUUCAGCGCAGGAUUAGGACAAGGGACAGAAGAGAAAUGAAACUAGAAGAUGUAGUUUUAGUCUUUUAUUAAUUUUAUUAUUAAUACCAUAGUUAUUAUUAUUGAUUUAAUUGUGCAAUUUGUGUAUAUGCAACUAUUCCAAAACGAUUCCCAAUUCAGUUCUAGCUAAAAUAUUCAAUGAAGAUGAAAAUGAAACUAUUUUGUAUACCGAGCUGUAGCAAUAAGAAUGUAGUGUGUCUGUCGAAUGCACACAAUUUAACUGUGAUAAUUUUUGAUUUUUGUUCAAUGCCCAAGUGCAAGAAAUUGAUCUAAACGAAUAGUUCGAGUUUUAUAAUUAGUAAUUAGCCUUAUUGUAUAUUUAUCAUAAGUUUAAGCAUAACCUACCCCCACAUACACACACACUCCUCCUUGACAAGCAGAAACUAUGUAUACAUACGUUCUAAAAGCAUUUCGUAUUAGCGUUAAGGAUGCGAAUGUUACAGUUGAUGAACAACUAGAUGCUUGACAACGAGCUGCAUUUUUGAACAAGUCUUAAGUCUAAUUAAAAAAAUAAUAAAUAAACAUUUAAUACAAAUUUAA